AUGCGUCGCGUUCACUCUCAGCUAUCGAUUUCGAGCCUUGCUGGAGGGCCCCUGAGCUCGGCCUCGUGUAGAUGUCCCCCAAUAGCGGCAUGUUGUGGCACUCAGGCCCGACACUGCAUGGGCCCAUCCCGUGAAAAACAGCGCAGUCGUCCCAACGCGGACCCUGGCACUGGGAACCAGAUGUCGUUGAUAGAACCACCGGACCUAACACAGCAUAUCCAAUUCGGUAUGAACAACUUGGAGCAUGUCAUGGUUCCAGAGGUUCCAGAGGAACGUCGCAAUCGCACAGACGUUGAAAAGGAGCAUGAGAUGCGAAGCCGUUUUGGAGAAUAUGGUCCUGGUGAGCGACUGACGAAAAGCUCACAGCAGAUGCGUCGUGAUAUGUUGCAGGAACAACAGGAUGUGGAUGGACUUCCUUGGGAAGUGCGAUGGCGAAAGGGACUGAUACCAACUGCGGAGGAAAUGAUCCAGGAAGUUCGUGAUCGAUUUGACCUGUACAUUCAGGAUCCAAUUGAGCGGGAACAGGAAUGGUAUUUGCACUGGAAAGAUCGAUCCUUCAAGAUUCAAAAGGAUCGUAUGAUUUGGCCUCAAGGAUACACGGACUAUCUUGACCAUUACGAUGAACACGGUAGACGUCGAGUUCUUCCAUCCGAUCAGCGGUGGUCCGAUACAUCCUGGAAGCAUUUGGCGGACACAAAGUACAAGGAUCGCAUGUGGCUCAUAGAGGGGGAGGAACGGAAAGCGGUACAUGAAAGCCUCCGUGAGGAUCGGACACUUAUGGAGGAGGAGGAGCAGCGUCAGCUGGAGAUGGGCAAUGUCUACAACGGGAUUGUCUCCGGCGUGGUGGAUCUUGAUCCUGAGCAGACAUAUCAGGCCCUCUCAGGCACAGCGGACCCGCUGGAGGUGGCACGAACAAAAAUGAAGAUACAGGCGUAUGGUGCCAAGCAAGCGCUCCAGGACGGGAGAAAACCGGGCACUUUGGAGGUCGACCCUAUUUCUGGAUUCCCAAAGGCCGAUAUGGAGCCUCUUCCCACCGGUAUUACCGUGGAACAGGGUGCUUCGAUCGCUGCAGAGGCAAACAUCCGGAAUGAAAUGCUGGAGCAAACCGCUGAUAUGGCGAGGCAGGCUGGCCAUGAUGCCGUUCCCGUUCUUAUGAAGACGCAUCACAAUACAUCCAAGCAGCAUGGCGACCGUCCAGUACUUCGUUCAUUAGUCGAAAAAAAAAUUGAGGAGACAAAACGUCUUCAAAAAACGCAUGGUGCCUGCAAAUUGGAGACUAUGGAAAACGUAUUGCAUAAUAUUGAGAGCAAGAUUGUCCCAACACUAGAUGCUCAGGAUAAGGGGGCGUUGCCUGAAGAAGAUUUGUUGGCUGCUUCCAAGGCAAACUCCACAUCUCAAUAUGGAGUAUUAGAGAGUGAAACGAAAAAGGAGGUACCUUCAGGUUUUAUUCAUGUGACGAAGCGUCCACAGGAUGCAGAGCCUAAUAUUCCAGUAGAGCUCUACAACACCCCAAAGGAAUAUGAAACAGAAACCAUACCGGAGUGGUACCGUGAAACGCUUGUGGAGACAGAACCGCUCAUUCAAGCAUAUGACUUGACACAUGAUCCGUUAGAAACACGGGAAGCAGUGAAGGUGGAGUAUUAUCAACCUCCCAAACUCAUCGAAGAGACCCGCAUUACAAAUGAUGAGGCCAUUGGUGGCAUUUCGGCCUUUGAUGAGAUGAAAAUGCACAAAUUACAAUCUUUACCAGAGUUGGUGGAGGGAUACAAGCCUCUUCCGCUCUUUCGGGAGCUGCGAAAGGGUGAUCAGAAGGAGGGAGAGACUGGGCUGACGAAAGGUGCCACUGAAAAGAAAAAGUCUGAGAAAUUACGCAAGGAACGGCAAGAGCGAUUGAAGAAGGCAAAGGUACAAUACGACCCCGAUAUCCUCCUUCCUUCUCUGCCUUGGGAAACAGACUCUAUCACGGAUCCGUAUCGUGGUGUGGCUGCCGAAGACGCCGUCGACUUCAACAAACCGGACAUGGAAAAGACAUGGCGAGCAUACCGUGACACCUUUCGGCAGAGCAUAACCGAAUUUGGAAAUCUCACACAAGUGACAACCGAAGAAAAGUGCGAGCAAAUGUUGAUGGACACAAUGGAUCGCUUUCGUCGUGGGGAUGUCGGGGAGCAUCCAACGAUCCCAGAGGAACACGAGGCCAUCUUCCGGAUGAUAUUCGAGGCGCAUACAAAGCACUUUCUUGCAGACUUCUACAAAUUCAAGGGGAAUCGAGUGACAGAGGCCAAGACGACCAAAGCGGAGGCGGACGAGAUUUUGCGCCGGGCAUCUGCAAAGUGCAAAUUGCUUGGGCCGAGUUUUAUGAAUUUCAUUCAGGAGAUGACUUCUCUUGAACUUGACUCGGUCCGCAAGAAUCCUGCGCAACGCUAUGUUAUCAUGAUCCGAGACCGAAAGUACGAGUCACUGGGAAAGCCGUUUAUGAAUUGGAUCACCAACGAACUGGGUGAAUUUAUUCUCACCGAAUUUAAAAGCGUGGAACAACUGGAAACGAACCUGGAGUUUUUAAGGAAACAUGUCAAUGACGCCAAGUUCAAAUGCCCCAUGCGUGUCGAGGGGGUGACGAAUUCCGCGCGCGAUGCCGCCGUUGAAGCAUUUUUCCAAUGGUGUCGGGGGGCACUUUGCUUCUAUGCGGGUAAACAGCUCCAUCAGAUGUACAUUGAAUUUGCCGAUACUCGAUUCCGUACACGGGCGGAGGAUUUGUUUGAGGACUCUAUUGAAUGUUUUUCCAAUUAUGCCAAGGCAGCGAACGGCGUUGUGCAAAUCCCCAUUCCCGACUCCGACCCUCCGUAUGAAUACGAUGAGAAGGAAUUCCUGGAUGGUGAACACGCUGUAUACGCCGAGAUCAGCGGACAGUUGGACAAGGCGGAGGGGCUAUGGCACUCUGGAACAUCAAAACGGUGGUAUCCUGUAACGGAUGAGACAGAAUACAUGUGGUACAACGAACGGCGCGGCCGUUUGACUCUCGCGAUGGAUAUAUCGGAUCGCUGUCUGGAGAAUGUCAAUAAAAAAACCCAUCCUUCCAUUCAUCCAUUUCCGGAGCGCGCCCGCCCUUUUUUGGAAGGGGCUCCACUAACUCAAGAAACAGCAGAGCACCUUUGGAUGCGUCAUAUGGGAGACUUGUAUAAUGAACAUAGUGAAUUUAUGUUUAGGCAAGGCCGUUUUCAGACUGGCCGUUCCUAUCGCGAGAAAUGUCUGAAUUUUUAUCAUUUGGCCAUCCGAACAGCACGCGAGAGACUACCUUCAUCAUGGAAGGCACCUUUAUUAACAGAGGCAAAGUAUCUGAUGCGGGUCUAUGAGCCUGGGUGCGAUGUCGAAAGACAUUUGCGGGAAGUAGAGGUGGUGGUGGACAAACUCUUUGCGGCCAAGGAGCCCAGGCAUUGGUUGGAACCUUUUUCGGAUCUUCCCUACCGAAUUGCUUUGGUUCACGCCAAUCUUGCCGCUUUCGGUGAGUGCAUUACAAAUCGAGUGAAUGCGCGCCUCAAGAACAGGCCUUCAAAUGAACUACUUCUUAGGGGCAUGGAGAAACGUGCGCAUGGCGGGGCAUAUUUACCCGAGUUGGAGGAGUACUUUUCUGUUGCAAACGAAGUUGCCGAGGAGGUGUUUCGUAAGAAAGUGUUGCGUUGGCGGUCGCAGGAGCAUGAAGGCUCAGAUCCGUAUCUCUUCUGGACGCAUCUCUACUUUGCCUUCCGCGUUCAACCCAAAAAUGCGGAUGAGGUACGCAAGAUGUGGGAUAUGUAUGAACCGGCUUAUUUGUAUAUCUACACACAAGGUGCACUUGCCUCUCGCAAUCGUGGACAGAAGUUAAUUAACGAUGCUCUGCGACGUAUGUGCCAAAUUCUUCUCUCAGGAGACGAGUCAGAGAAGAAAAUACUUCUGCGUGAGUUGACGAACGUACGGGAAAAGUUGGCCCACCUUAUUGAUAGGCGUGAACUGGAUCGCACUAUUUACGCGCUACAGGCUCAUUUGGCGGAUCCGACGCAUUCAACAUUUACUUAUGGCUCAUCAUUGUUGUACCGUGACGCUGUGAGACAUGAGCGGAUUGCAAAUAAUCCCAAUCUACGCUCAGAUAUCGCUGCCAAGGAAUACGCUGAGCUGCAAAAGCGCAGGGAGUCUCUUCGGGCGCAUGAAACCACACUUAGUCCCCAACAGGCAGCAAAGUUACAAGAGCGACAGAGCUCAGCCUCUUCCAUGAAUGAGGAAGCGCUCGGGUCUCAGCCGGAUCUCUCUACUAGGGAGAUUUUUGAAGCAGAGGGGAGGUGA